UGGGAGUGUGCGGCCUGCCCAAUACUGCCAUGCUGACUCUGGAGGUAGGUCUGGUCCCCGCUCCUACGAGGGAGCCGGGACUGACCUGCUGGCUGCGGAGAGGCAGUGGGAUCUUGGCGCACCUGGUCGCUCUGGGCUUCACCGUCUUUCUGACUGUGCUGUCCCGGCCAGGAACCAGUCUUUUCUCUUGGCACCCUGUAUUCAUGGUCCUGGCGUUCUGUUUCUGCAUGGCUGAGGCCAUCCUCCUCUUCUCGACUGAACACUCCCCGUUCUUCUUCUGCUCACGCAAGGCUCGGAUCCGGCUCCACUGGGUGGGGCAAGCCUUGGCCAUCCUCUUUGCAGCCCUUGGCUUGGGCUUCAUCGUCUGCAGCAAGACCCGCAGCGAGCUGCCACACCUGGUGUCCUGGCACAGCUGGGUAGGAAUCCUGACAUUGCUGGCCACUGGUGGCCAAGCACUGUGUGGACUCUGUCUCCUCUGUCCCCGGGCAGCCAGGGUCUCUAGGGUGGCUCGCCUCAAACUCUAUCAUCUCACCUGUGGAUUAGUGAUUUACUUGAUGGCUACAGUAACGGUGCUCCUAAGCAUGUACUCAGUGUGGUUUCAGGCCCAGAUCAAAGGUGCAGCAUGGUACUUGUGCUUGGCCUUGCCCCUCUACCCAGCCCUGGUGAUCAUGCACCAGAUCUCCAGCUCCUACUUGCCACGGAAGAAAAUGGAAAUAUGAGUUCUUCUGGACUCUGAAUCUAAAGUGGGACACCUACCUUG